AUGGAAAGAUUUAAUGAACAUAUUGGAGCUGUGAAUAGUUGCCAUAAUGAUGCUAGAAUACAGUUUAAAAGUUUUCAAGAUCAAAGGCAUAGUGUGUCAAAUGUGCUACGAUCUUGUGGGCGCGAAAUAGAUAUUGCAUAUCGCACCCGUUUAACUGCUGCUCUGGAUGUGACCCGCUUUCUUUUGAAGCAAGGAUUGGCUUUUCGUGGAAAUGAUGAGUCAACUAGUUCUUCAAAUAGAGGCAAUUUUCUUGAAUUGUUUGAGUGGUAUAGCCAGCGAAAUACUGAGAUUUUUGAGGUUGUAAAUCAAAAUGCUCCUGCAAAUAAUCAACUAACUUCUCCAAUGAUUCAAAAAGAUUUGGCACAUGCUUGUGCCUCAAAGAUCACAAGUGUUAUAAUCAAUGAUAUUGGAGACAAUUAUUUUUCCCUAAUAGUUGAUGAGUCUCGAGACAGUUCAGUGAAAGAGCAAAUGGGAGUUGUUUUGAGAUAUGUGAACAAAGAAGGGCGUGUGAUUGAACGUUUCCUUGCAAUUGUACAUGUGUCUGACACCACAUCUCUUUGUUUGAAAGAUGCAAUUGAUUCUUUAUUCGUGCAACACGGAUUAUCAUUAUCCAAAUUGAGAGGUCAAGGAUAUGAUGGAGCUUCAAAUAUGCGAGGUGAGUUCAAUGGUUUGAAGGCCCUUAUAUUACAAGAAAAUUCCUAUGCGAUGUAUAUUCACUGUUUUGCUUACCAACUCCAGUUAGUUAUUGUUGCUGUUGCUAAGGAAAAUAUCAUUGUCAGUGAAUUCUUUGUCUAUGUCUCUAUGAUGGUCAAUUUAACUGGAGCAUCAUGUAAAAGAAGAGAUCAAUUAAGACAAAUAGAACAUGAUAAGAUUGUUACACUUUUAGACAGUGGAGAUAUUAUUAGUGGAAAAGGCAAAAAUCAAGAAACUAGUUUAGCAAGACCAGGGGAUACUCGUUGGGGAUCACACUAUCUAACAUUACUUUGUCUAUCCUCUAUGUGGGCUUCGGUGAUUGGAAUAUUGGGAAAUAUACAAGAUGAUGCCACCACUUCUGAUAAUAGAGACUUUAGGGAAGAGGGAUGGCAAAUAAUUUUAGAUGAAGUCAACAAUUUUUGUGAGUUGAAUAUGAUUCCCGUGAUUGAUAUGGAAGACAGUAUAGCAAUCCGUGGCAAUGCCAGGCGCAGUCGCAAAGGUCAAACCAUCACUAAUUUUCAUCAUUAUCGCGUGGAAAUUUUUGUUGUUGAUUUAAUUAUACAAGAGAUGAAUAAUCGUUUCUCGGAAGUUAGCACGGAAUUGCUUAGUUGCAUAGCAUGUCUUGAUCCAAAAAGUUCUUUCUCUCAAUUCAAUGUGCAGAAACUACUCCGUCUUGCUGAUUUAUAUCCUGAAGACUUCUCAAGUAACGAUUAUGUAUAUCUUGAGUCUCAACUUCGAAAUUAUAUUUAUAAUGUGCAACGCGAUCCUCAAUUUUCAGAAGUUGGAGAUUUGGGAAGUCUUGCUCAACAAAUGGUUAAAACUGGUAAAAAUACAAUUUUUCCAUUGGUUUAUCGUCUGAUCCAGUUGGCAUUAGUUCUACCAGUUGCGACUGCUUCUGUUGAAAGAGUAUUUUCUGCAAUGAAUAUUGUCAAGACUGAUUUGCGCAACAAAAUGGGAGACGAGUGGAUGAAUGACUGUUUGGUUGUAUACAUCGAGAAGGAUAUUUUUGCAACAAUUGAAAAUGAGCAAAUAUUGCAGCGUUUUCAACUGAUGAAGACUCGCAGAAUGCAAUUGCCUCCUCUUCGUUAUUCGAGUGCAACAACUACCAAUACUUCAAGUGUUAAUCAAUAA